AUGAACACGACCUGCGAGAUCCCUCAAGGGAAGGAAGUCCCUAACGACCAAGUCAACGAUGAUCUACCCACUGCCGAAACCAUCAAGAUCGCCGAUGCAGUGGAGAUCCUUGACGAAAAAGGCGAGAAACACACGUUCAAGAGCAUUUACGGCGGACCAGAGUCGCCGCACCGUGUUGUCGUCUUCUUUAUUCGGCAUUUCUUCUGCGGUGCAUGUGUGAGCUACAUAAAAUUCUUGUCUGAACAAGCCACACCCGAAAAGCUCAAAGCGAUCAACACUCGUAUCGUUAUCAUCGGCCAUGGCGAUCCGGGACAGAUCGAGUUCUAUCGUCAAGACACCGGCUGCAAAUUUCCUCUCUACACAGACCCAUCUGAGAAGCUGUACAACACUCUGGGUAUGAUUCAAACGUGGGUUGACGGGCCGCCAAAUAAGUACAUACCUGAUUCGCCACUCUGGGUCGCGUAUUCUUCGAUCAAGAAUGCCUUCUUCAAAACUAUUGCAGGAUACCCUCUAUUGAAGUCGGGGACGGUUAACCAACAGGGCGGGGAGUUCCUAUUCGAAGGAGAGGGAGAUGAGAAGGUUGUGAAGUGGUGUCACCGGAUGAGGUUUUCUAGAGAUCAUACGGAUACUGAUGAGAUUCUCGAGGUGUUGGGGAUCAAGAAAGAUUAG